AUGCCUCCAUAUUCUCCAGCCAUGCACGUCGACCGCCCACGUUAUGUGAUUGACAGGCCGGCGUAUAACCUCCCAGAGUUCGACAGAGAAUUUGACAAGAAGAGUCGACAGUUUCCUGUUGGGGAGAAAAUAAAGAAACUCUUCAGAUGCUCCGGGUCCAGACUGAGGGGCCUGUUGUUCCGACACCUGCCCGUCCUGAGCUGGCUGCCCAAGUACAAAGCCAAAGACAACCUGCUGUGUGAUGUCAUCAGCGGGGUCAGCGCCGGCACCAUCCAGGUUCCCCAAGGCAUGGCGUUCGCCCUCCUGGCAAAUCUCCCCCCCGUCAACGGCCUCUAUUCUUCCUUCUUCCCCCUCAUCCCGUAUUUCUUCAUGGGCACCGCUCACCAGAUGGUCCCGGGUACUUUCGCCGUCCUCAGCAUCAUGGUGGGCAUCGUGUGUCUUCAGCUGGCCCCGGAAUCGGACUUCAGUCAUUUCAACGCCACUCUUAACACCACAGUGGUGGACACGGAGAGGAUGAAUGAGGUUCGAUUGGGGAUAUCUGGAACUCUGGCCUGCCUCACCGCCAUCAUACAGGUAAACCUGUUCCCCUCAGAGUCCUUCAAACUGAAACAAGAGGAAUCAGUUCCAUCUAAAAAUCCACUCGUGUCCACACAGAUCGGCUUUGGCUUCAUGCAGUUUGGGUUCGUGGCCAUCUAUCUGUCGGAGUCCUUCGUCCGAGGCUUCAUGACGGCUGCAGGGCUACAGAUCCUCAUCUCCGUGCUCAAGUACAUCUUUGGCAUCAAAGUGCCGCCGUACAGUGGCCCCCUGGCUGUGGUCUACACUCUCACAGACAUUGCAGCCGGCCUUGCUGAUACCAACAUAGCGUCGUUGGUGUUUGCUCUGGUCAGCAGCGUGGUUCUGAUUGUCGUGAAGGAGCUGAGUGUGCGGUACCGCCACAAACUGCCCUUCCCCGUCCCAAUGGAGAUCGUUAUUGUGGUGGUGGCCACGGCCAUCUCCGGCCCUCUGCACCUUCCUGAGCUCUACCACAUGGACAUCGUGGGGGAAAUCCCUUUGGGGUUCCCGGCUCCGAUCCUGCCGACAGUGAGUCAGUGGCCAGACAUGCUGAGCACGGCCUUCUCCCUGGCGAUAGUUGGGUAUGUCAUCAACCUGGCGAUGGGCAGGACUCUGGCAGCCAAGCACGGCUAUGAUGUGGAUCCCAACCAGGAAAUGUUGGCGCUCGGCUGCAGCAACUUCCUCGGGUCCUUCUUCAAGAUCCACGUGAUCUGCUGCGCCCUGUCUGUGACCCUGGCUGUGGACAACGCCGGGGGAACAUCACAGUUUGCGAGUCUGUGUGUGAUGCUGGUUGUCAUGAUUACCAUGCUCGCAUUGGGAGCCUUUCUGAAACCACUUCCCAAAUCGGUGCUCGGAGCUCUGAUCGCUGUCAACCUGAAGAACACGCUGCUGCAGCUCUCAGAUCCCUACUACCUGUGGAAGAAGAGCAAGUUGGACUGUUGUGUGUGGGUUGUGUCCUUCUUGGCCACCUUCUUUCUCAGCUUGCCGUACGGAGUCGCCAUCGGGGUCGGGUUCUCCAUCCUGGUCGUGAUAUUCAAGACGCAGUUUCGUAACGGUUCGGCAAUGGUCCAGAUUGUGGAUACAGAUAUCUACAUAAAUCCUAAAGUGUACACGAAGGUCAGGCCAAUAACGGGGGUGAAAAUAGUCAACUACUGUUCACCGCUCUAUUUUGCAAAUGCUGAGAUGUUUCGACAGAGGGUCGUCAAAAAGACCGGACUGGACCCUGGCAAACUGAUUCUGGCCAAGCGGAAGUUCUUGGAGAAGGAGAUGAAGGAAAAAGUAAAAACGGAGAAGAAGGACAAGAAGGACGAGGAGACGAGGAGGAGGAAGCCCAGCUCGCUGGUGACCAUGAAGGUUCAGACCAUAUCUCAGCUCGAGCUGCAGAACGACUUUGACAUGAGCGACGGCAGCGUCAGCUCACCCACAACUCCCACAACUCCCACCAGCUACGUCAACUUCCAGUGCGGUGACAUUGAACUGGGAGAGCAGACGUCCGACCAGGAGCCGCCCAGUCCCAGUGCCAUCACCCUGGAGUCCCAGCCCAUGCCCUUCCACACCCUGGUCCUGGACCUGGCUGGCGUCUGCUUCAUUGAUCUCAUGGGAAUCAAAGUGCUGAUAAAGAUGAACUCAAGCUACUCGACGCUGGGGAUCAAACUGUACCUGGCUAAUGUUCAAGCCCAGGUGCAGGAGGAGCUGGAGGCCGGGGGGGCGUUUGAGGACGGAAACAUCUCCCGUGGAAAUCUCUUCCUCUCCGUGCACGACGCCGUCCUGUUUGCUCAACACACCUCCGGAGAGAGGCGCGUCUCCCUAAAGGCACAGGGAGAAGGAGAGGAAUUCCCCAUUGGUAUUCAUGGGGAGCUGGAUUUGGAACAGGAAAUGUUCUGA